AUGAUAUUAGUUAGAAUCUCAGUCGUCGGAUUAGAAGCUCUGCUUAUACUAAUUAUCUCCAUAUGUUUAAAUAAAUCUUAUGCAAAAGCAGGAACUCCCCUUAUUGUGAAGAUAAUUUCAAUAACGGGUUGGUUUCUUGGCCUUAUGAUUCUUGUUAUAACUCCUAUGGAUGUUUUUAUCGUCCUUGCAGAUGGCGAAUCAAAUGAAUUAAUGAUAGUUUGGUGGUCUAUUUUGUAUUGGAGUGCUUUCGCUCUCAAAACAUUUAUCAUUCCUUCUAUGAUUGCCUUUCUUAGAGCACCUGAUUUGUCAUUCAAAGAUAAAAUAAGGAGAGCAGGAAUGAACAUAUUAUUGACCAUUUUGAAAGGUUUGGUUUUGGCAGCAAUUUUUAUAGGACUCUGCCAAAUAAGAGAUGAAGAUAGAGAAAGAUUUAAAUAAUAUGGACUAAGAGGCACAAUCUAAGGAAUUACUUUGCUGAUCGAUUUCAUUUAUUUGAUGUUCUAUCAAAGCUAUGGAUACUUGUUUUUCCCUUUUGCAAUUCUUAGAUAUGUCUCAAAUGAAAGAACUUUGAUCUUCCAACUAUGGAAUAUAAGCAAUACUCAUUAAAGACUUAAAAUUGAAGUUAACAAUCUCAUUGAAUUGACUAGAAAAAUAAAGUUGAAAAUAGAUUGUGGUUUAGAUGAGGAGCUAAAAACAGAAAUACUUAAAAGAAUAAAAGAAUUCUAUGUUGAGGAAUCAAUAGAGGCUUAUAUUAAAUUGUUCAACAUAUCUUACGAAGGAAGCUCAUUAUUUCUUGAUAUUGAUGAAGAGGAUGAUAGCGAAAUCUCUCAAAGUUAGAAUAAAAAACUUCCUGAGAAUGGUUUAAAAAGCUAGAAAGAAAUUCUGUUGAAAUUAAGGUAAAAGGUUAUCUUUUGCAUGGAGGAUAUUUAGACAUUUUAAUAUCGACUUCUAUAUUUUUCAAAGCAAGCUGUAUUUGCACAAGAUAUUCUCUCAUUAAAGAAUUAAAAUCACAAAAUGCUUCGGUAAAUAGUUAUGCUAGAUGGAAUUAAUGAUGAUAUCUAUUAUCAUGAUGAAUUUAUAAUGUAUAUCUGGUACUCAAUAAUAAGGCCAAUAUUCAUCGCUAUUUUUGGCUUGUUUAUUUUUCUACUUGGAAUUCAAAUAAUGGCAGGGGAAAUAGAAAUGUAUCUAGAUAACAUCAAGAAUAGUGCAGCAUUUGAAGUGCUGACUCCAAUUAGUCUGCUUAAUGCUAUAAUUACUCCUGAUAGAAUGUAUCUAUUGGCAGUAAUACAUCUACUGCUUAUGGUUUUGCAUGCAACAAAUUACAUAAGAAAAGUAUUGGAUGGAGAAUCACAUCAAAUAGUGAGUUUGUAUAUAAUGGAAUAUAGAAAAUGGCUGAUAUUCUUUAAGCCUAAAGGUAAAAGAUAUGUAUUAAGAGCACCACAUAAAAUUCAUGAUUCUACUUGCACAUGCGAAAUUCAAAAUUCUAUUGUUGCUCAUCUACAAACCCUGGCUUCAGAAAAUUCUCGUUCUUCAAUAGAUUAAUAGAAUGAGCAUUUAUUGACUUCUGGCAGUUCCACUACUGCAAAAAAACAGUGA